AUGUACCCUGCACAGCCCAACGGUGCUGAAGGUGCGACAAUCAAUCCCGCUGCUCUCAGCUCUUCCGAUUUGAACCGGGGCAUGAAGAGAAGUCGCUCUCCGGAAUAUCCCAUUCAGACCGGGACAGUUGCGGAUGACGAAAAGCCAAGGAAGCGCGGGAGACCUAUGAAGAACAGACCCAGCGGGAGCCUUGACGACUCCCAACACGGCCUCGCACCGAUGCAGACGCCUGUACCACUUCCCCAAGCAAUGCCGCCCCAAACCCCUCAGUCUCAGACGAUGCCUCUGCCCCUCCAGAGCCCCCAGCAGUUUGCCCCGCCGGCUGCCACGCCGUCGCAUGCUUCACCUCCGCCACCACCCAAACCGACACCAAAGUCUACACUGAAGGCUCUGCCAACAGUGCGCGACCACACGACGGACCAGCUCGUCCCCGGCGGCGAUGAAUACAUACCACGCGAAACGGACGAGGCAGGGGAGAAGAAGGUCAUGCCAAAUGGUCAGCUAACCGGCGGUCGUGAAUACAAAUGUAGAACAUUCCUGGUCCCGGAUCGAGGAGACAAGCUUUUCAUGCUUGCCACUGAAUGUGCGCGAGUGUUGGGUUACCGAGACUCGUAUCUCCUCUUUAACAAGAACAGGUCUCUGUACAAGAUUAUCGCGAGCCAAGUGGAGAAGGACGACUUGGUCAACCAGGAUGUCCUGCCGUUUUCGUACCGCUCCAGGCAGAUUGCCAUCGUCACGGCUCGCAGCAUGUUCCGGCAGUUUGGUAGCCGCGUCAUCAUGAACGGACGGAGAGUGCGCGACGAUUACUGGGAGGGCAAAGCCAGGAAGCAAGGUUUCACAGAGGCCGAUCUGGCAGGCGAGAAGAGGCCAGGCGGAGGAAAAGUCAGGGAGGCUCAAGAAGCCGCCCAGGCAGCCCAGAAUGCAGCACUAAUGGGGCCGCCGCAGGGAGAAAUCGUCUACAGUAACACAGGCCACUAUGGCGGCGCGCCCCAGGCUCCUCUCAUUCAGCCAGGUAUGAUUGGAGCCCCCGCCGGGUCCUCGACCAGAAUGCCUGUGAUAACACUAGGACCAGAAUACACGGAUACCCGGAGCCGCGAUUAUUCCUCCAACGUACUCAAGGCCCCGCGCCAGGAAAUCACUGGCCCUCCUUACCAGGACAGGAUCCAGCCGUCGCCCAUUCCAGAGCUCCACGCUCAGGCUCACCACGCUGCCGACUUCAAUCGAGGCAUCAACCAGCAGCGCGAAAUGCGAACCAACUACAUGCAAGAUGUGUACCGCAGGCCUCACGAGCAGCCGCCCUCCUUGACCAACGUCAUGAGCCAAUCCGUAGGGAGCUCUGAUGCUUCUCUGCCCCCAACGAGCAGGGCAUCUCAUCAAAGCAAUGCUACAUCGGGACUACAGCAGCCACACCAGACCGCAUCCACGCAGUCAAACCAAGGGAGUCUUGCUAGCCAAAGCCCACAGCUUAUGAUGACGGCGGCGCCUUACUCCCAACCUCUGACCUCUCAGUCUCAGAUACAGCCGCGUCUAGGCUCCUCGGGCGGCUUGCAGUCUGGUGGUCAGACUUACAACUACCAACAGUCGAACAGCAGCUGGCCACAGACGCCACAAACCCCCCAGUAUAGCUACAGUCACCCCGGCCAGACGCAACAGUCGCCUCAUCAACAACAAUCCCAGCAGCAGACAUCAUCUUCGCAGCAGCAACUACGACAGCAACCAUCAAAUCAACAGAACAGCACCAUGCCUUAUUCGGGCAUGCCAGGGAUGGCUCAAGGCUACACAACUGGGACUAUGAACCACGGACUGCCGUACGAUCAGACUCCUCGGCAGUAUAUGCACCAGACACCUUCUGCAGCCCCAGCAGUCACGCAGUCUUGGUCUAGCCAGCCUCAGGCAAGCUGGCAAGGAUGGGCUGGACAGCCGCAGUGA